CAUCAACAACGAUCCUAUCGACAACCCGAAGACUGCCGAGGAGAUCAAGCUUGCCGAGGACACCAGAGUUGCCGCUAGCGAGGCCAAAUGGGUCGAGGUGGAGGAGCUCCCCAACUACUACGCCAACACCAAGCCUCCUGGUCGCAAGUUCCCCGCCAGUUGGGCCAACGACGGCAUCAACCACUACAUCGAUGGUGACGCCGACGACAUUCGUGCUCCUCCCGUCGAAGAGACGGCCGAGCCUCCCAAGAAGAAGAGCCGUACGGGUGUUCGCAAGAAGAAGAGCCGCCCUGACCGCAAGAAGUAGGGCAACCACGGCAAACCACAUCCUCUACUAAUUCAAUUUGAGGCUCGCAUUGCUGCUGGGGGGAUACAUCACAUAGCGAUAUCACCAUCAUCAAUUCAGUCACCG